AGGCUAUAUGCCAUUGUUGUUCCUGUUGAAGGCUGAAACUCUGCAACCAGCGUCAGCAAAGGCUCUGACAACGCCCUCUCUAAUGGCAACAUCCAAUUGUCUGCAAUCGCAAUCUGUCCGUCCAUCUUCUCAUUUUUCUCACUUCGAUGCUAAUGAUGAAGUGUUCUCCAAAGAACCCUAUGUGAAACAUGUUGCUAAAAGUUCAUUCAGGUUGGUUCCGCUAAGGAUAAGUCAUCGUGGAUUGAGUUCUCUCUUGGAAUUGACGCUGGUUCUUCACAACCAUUGACCAGAUGGAUCUAGAACCAGGAAGGUGUAGAAGAACCGAUGGGAAAAAAUGGAGGUGCCGCCUAGCGGUGCUUCCUGAUCAGAAAUACUGUGAGCGCCACAUACACAGAGGCUGCUUACGUUCAAGAAAGCCUGUGGAAGAUCAUAUGUCAAAAUCAACCGCAAAAAUUACCGUUUUGCCCCUGAAAUCCACCAUCAAUCUUACAAAAAGUGAUGCUAGAAAGGAUAAAAGUGUUUGUAUCAAGAAUCAUAAUAAUAGCUUCAAAAUCAAGAAAAGGAGUAGGGAAGAUGAUGCUCGGGUGCCUCUUGAAUUUAGCUUCUCCCCGAAAAGUGUUCUUCAAAAUGAUAAUGGAAAAAAAAAGAAACACCAAUUAGCAUCUUUUCUGUUUGAGGACAGUUUGGCUCAACAUUCUGGCAACUCAAGCAACAAUCAUAAUAACCAUAAUCUUGUUGUAGUACCUGAAUCUGCAAGAUGCAGAAGAACAGAUGGGAAAAACUGGAGGUGCACCAAAAGUACACUCCAGGGGCAAAAAUACUGUGCACAACAUAUGCAUCGUGGGGUUAAAAAGGUCCAAAAUCACCAAAAUUCCAACACCAGUCUUUCAUUUUCUGUUGGGGCAAAUUAUGUACAAAAGGGUAGUUCUGGAAAUCAAUCAAAUGAGUCUAGCAAUAGUGAUGAUGAUGAUGAUGGAAGUGAUCCAAAUGGUGCAGCUAACAGCAGUAGUAGUGAUGCCACCACAAUCUCUAUGUAAUGGCUCUGUGUUUGUAGUGUAUUAAGUUGUGUUUGUAUCGAACCCUUUUGUGGGUUUUCAAUAAUUUGGUCAAAUGAUGGACAAAAAUGUGUAUGUUUCUAGUUUGUUAACUGAAUCGAAC